GGUAUGGCUGUUCCUCGAGUAAACAAGAAAUUGCUUCAAGAGCUUGAAUCAAUGGGAUUUCCCACUGCUCAGGCAACUCGGGCACUUCAUUAUUCAGGUAAUGCUAGCUUAGAGGCUGGUAUAGACUGGAUCAUUGAUCACGAGAAUGACCCGGACAUUGAUCAAAUGCCAUUGGAUUUACUUGGCUCAACUGUUCAUCUAUUCUCAGGUAACAGUAGAUAUUGAUAUUGAAUCUCCAGAGCCAUUCUACAUCACAGAGGCGAUGAAAAUGAAAGCACAAAUGUUGAGGGAUCAAAUACACAAGAAGAGGAAAGAAGAACAAAAGAAAUUAGAACUACAAAUGGAACGAGAGAGGGAGAAGGAAAGGAUUCGAUCUGGUAAGGAACUUGUGCAAGCAAAGCACAUCUUAGAAGACAAUGAAAGAAAACGUAAUAUAGCUUUUCGGAAUUCUGAGAAAGAGGAAGAGAAACGAGCAAGAGAGCAAAUUCGCAGGAAACUAGAACAAGAUAAGUUAGAAAGAAGAGUUAAGCUUGGAUUGCCACCAAGUCCCACUGCAUCCGCUGAACGUUCUAUACCUAUGAGGGGGGAAAUCCAGAAAUCAUUGCCCGUCCGAUCUGUUGCCAAGGCAGAACUUAUGAGAGAGUGUUUAAGGUCUCUGAGGCGCAACUACAAGAAUGAUGAUGCUAAAGUACAACGAGCCUUCCAAACUCUUCUGACUUAUGUCGGAAAUGUUGCAAAGAAUCCCGAUCAAGAAAAAUUCCGGAAGAUUAGACUCAGUAAUCCGUCGUUCCUGGAUAGAGUUGGAAGUUUGAUUGGAGGAAUACAGUUCCUUGAGCUCUGUGGGUUUGAGAGAACUGAAGCAGGAGAAUUUUUGUAUCUUGCUCGUGAUAAAGUUGACAUGGCAACAUUGUACUCGGCUGCUUCUGAACUGAAAUCUGCAUUGACAAACCCUUUCUUUGGCCUUCUGUAGUACGAAGCGAAGAAUGUAAUACCAGUUCAGUUAACUUAGAUCUUAAACUUGAACGGGAAACUGGCUUGAUCAUG